AUGAAAAAGGCCCUGAAGAUUGAACCAUAACCACCUGCUCCACCAGGGGAAGAACAAAAACCAGAAAUCCCUGAUGAAAAGGGUCCAGAGGAAAAACAUGAAGAAGGUGAACCUCCUGUUGAACCACCUGUUGAACCAAGUCCUGAAGAGAGUCCUGAAGAAGAAGGAGAGAUCCCUGAUGAACCACCUGUCAAUCCAAAUCAUGAAGAAUCACCUGAAGAAUCAACAGAAGAAUGGGUUGAAGAAAUUGAAGAGGAAUUUGAAGAAUUUGAAAACCCACCUAUUGUUGCUCCUCCUAUUGAACCACCCAGUGCUGUUGAAAAGGCUUGUUUGAAUUCAGUAAACGAGAUUGUUUAUACAUCAUCUGUUGAUGAAGCCACUCCAUUAGUCAAUAAAUAAUUGGAAGGUGACGAUUUAAGUUGUUAUGGAUUUGGAUUUUAUGCUAGAUGGCUUUAAGCUUAUCCAACAUUCUUGGUUCAUGGAAGAUAAUCUGAAAGAUAUUUCGUUGCAAGAGUUUCUGAAUCUGAACACACAACUGGUGAAGUUACUGAUAGUGCCUUGAGCGUAUAUUUGACUAAAGAAGGUUUUGAAUUCCAAUCAUACGACGUAUAUGGAUUAUCAACAACAGUAAUUUCAGUUGGUGACAUUGAAGGUAAAUGGAUUUAUGUUUAUUACUCAUAUUGCAAUGAAAAAGCAGUUGCAUUUGUAAAAGAUGGUGAAUCUAUAUAAUUGACCGAAGUUAUUGUUAUCCAUUAAAGACCAUCUCAAUUGUAUUUCUAAUUGGCAGGUAAACAAGGGGAUGUUCCAUCAUUCUAAGGUCAAUUCAGAUUAGUUUAAGCUAAUGUUGGUUAAAAUGUCUUCAUUGGAACUUUAACAGAAGCUAAUGAUUUCGUAUUUGCUUGCAAUCAGUUACCUGAAGAGAAAUGUGAAAGAUAGAUCUCAAAUCUUCAUGAUUUCGAAUUCCAUGGUGCUGAUUCCUAAUUUGAUGCAUCAGCUGUCGUUGAGAAUGCUGACCCAAUUUAUGCUUAAGAAUACUCAGUUUCUGGUUGGUUCAAAUGGAAUCCAGUUCAAACUUCAGAAUCCUGGUAUUCAGCAUUCAGAUUGACAUUGAACAAUCUUGCAACCAAUCAAAAUUCAAAAGAAUUGGGAGAUAGAGAUUUGGCGUUAUUUGUAGGAAGUGAAAAGAAGGAUUCAGUCUUAGCUUUCACCACAUAUACUUACACAGACUUGUACGGCAAUGGUAACCCAACUUAUUGGUAAGCCAUCCCAUAUGAAAAGGAUUUGGUCCACUGGCAUUAUAUUUACUUUGGAUACAGCAGACACAUCUCCAAAGCUUAUGGUUAUGUUGAGUUCUUCACCAGAAAGGGAGAAGUACACUUUGAAAAUGUCAAGCACUUUGAUGCUCCUCACAAAUACUUGUAUGUUGGACAAGAUCAAUUCUAUAAGUCUUACAGUGGUAAAAUCUUCAAUCUACAUUACAAUCUUUGUGAUGGUUCAUACAGAGAAUUGAAAUAUGAUGAACAUUGGGGAUACACUCCUAAACCAACUGAUCCAGUCCCACCUCCUCCAGCCCCAGUUCCUGAAACCCCAUCUGAACCUGCAAGUGAAGAAGAAUUUGUUGAACCACCCCUCCCAACUAUUCCAUCUGAACCUGAUGAUGAUGUUCCUUAUGAACCUGAACCAGAAGAUAAGCCACUCCCACCUCCAUCUGAAAGUGAAGAGGAAACUCCAAUUGAACCACCUGUUGAACCUGAAGAAGAAACUCCAAGUCAUGAGGAAGAACCAGAAAUCCCAGAUGAACCUGUGCCUGAUCCUGCUCAUGAAGAAGAUGUAGAAGUUCCAGAGGAACCACCUGUUCCAUCAGAACCUGAAGAAUCAGUUGAACCACCAGUUGAACCUCCUGUUGAACCACCUGUUGAACCUGAAGAAGAAGAGCCAACUCCAUCAGAAGAGGAAGAGGAACCUUAACCACCUGCUCCAGUUCCUUAACCAAAAUGCCCACCAACCAUUGAAGUUAAUAAAGACAAUGCUGCUGAUAUCCUAUGUGAAUUGUCACAUUAUUUGGGUGAAUUUGCUUAAGGCCAUGUUCCAGUUGCUGGACCAAGCACAAAGACUGUAUGCUUCUGUAUGACUUACAAUGAAGAUUAUGCUCCACCAACUUUAUUGUAAUUGGCAUCUAGGAUCCCAGGACAUCUUUAAAUGAAUGAACCUAAAGUAGCAGUACCAUUAUUGAAGAAAUUCAUCAAGCAAAGAUAAUGA